AUGGAACAUCAGUCGGUGGAAGGUAGGACAAAGUUUCUUGGACACCAGGACAUAUUCCUGGCUAUUGUUGGAUUUUUCCUCAAUCUUCUGGUUGAAACAGAGGGGCCUUUUGAAUCUUCUAGACACCGGAGUAGACGGGAACCGUAUAUUUUAUAUCCAGCCAUAAAAUAG